UUAAAAUGGACGAAGACAUAAAAAUGGCGGACCUGUCGCAAGGGCCCUCAGACGCCGCAAUGUUAGCUGGGCCAUCUAAAAAUUUGAAUAAGAAUAAGUUGGGAAAGCAGUCUGGUAUUCUCACAAAACAACUAGCUUACAAGCAUUUCCUUGAAGAGUUUCGCAAGACAGUUCCGGAGAAGACCGAAUCCGAGCAAAUGUUGGAAGCUGCAGCCAAGUGGAGCUCCAUGUCCCUCGAAGAACGUCAACAACUUUGUUACCCUGAAAAGCAGCUGCAUAACGACGAUAAGACUGAAGAGGGCAAGGCAGAAGAAGAUCUAAAAAAGAUGAAAGACUGCUUUGUGUCUUAACGAAUGUAAUACAUAUCUCAAGAAGUACAUUAAAUGUGUC